AUGGCAGGGCAGGGCAUCUGUGGGCAACUCUACUUCUGGUUCCAGGAGCUCCUCCUACAAGGGGUGGAGUUGGAGCAGUCCAGUAUUUUCCUCCCAGAUCCAAGUGCGGAGGAGCAAUCAAGGUAUCUAAGGGAGGAGCUAGUGGGAUGCGGGAGAAGAGAAGGAGGAUUCACCAGGCCCGCACCUAAGCGCAGGGACCGGCCGCGGGGACAGUGGGGGCUCAGUCGUGGCGAAUGCAGAUUGGUCCACACCCACCCACUUUGUUCUACAGUACAGCCGCAGGCUCCUAGACUUGAACUCAAGUCACCAACAGUCCCCAUUCUAACUCGGGCAGACGCGGCCCGCGCUCCCCCCGCCGCCCUGCCCGGUGCCAGCAGCAGGAACCCCUGCGUCAGGGGACAGGCGGGGCAGCGCCCGGGUCGGUGCGGGCAGGUGCGCGCUGGAGGGCGGCUCGAAGCCCGACCUCGCCUGGCCGCAGUCCCCUCCGCCCCUCCGCGCGGAACUCAGCUGCCCGCCGCCCCGUCGCCUACCUCGUCCGGCCGCUGCCAGGCCUGCGCGCGUCCCCGCGCCACGCCACGCCGCGCCGCACCCCGGCCGCUCGGCAGGUUCCGCGGGCCUCGGCUCGACAGCGUCGCCAUGGAGACGGGGCGGCGGCGGGGCGGCGGUAGCGCGCGCGAGGAGGCGACGGUCACCUGCGGCGGAAGUACCGCCAGGUGCCGUCACUCGGGAGGGCACCUCGGCUACACCGACCCGGACUCCGGACCCGAGCUCCAGCAGAUUCGGGCCUGGCUCGGGACCGGCGUGCGGGGACGGUUAGCGACGCGGGUUCGACGCCCGGGUUCCCGGUCUCUAGCCUCUCGCUCUCUACUCUCGCCACGCCCGAACCCAGGAGGCCACUAGGUGUCAGGCCCGGCCUGGGCCCAAGCUCAGCUCCGGGAACCCAGGGUCACCUCUUCCAGCCCUCGUGGGCGGAGAUGGCACUUUAAGCUUUACUGGAAGGCUAGGAAUAACCCUGCCCUUCCCGCACACCAGCCACAUCGACCACAUAGACACUGUUGUUGAUACAGUUUGUCUCCCAUUUUUUUCCACUCCAGGAUACACACACACACACACACACACACACACACACACACACAGGGAGAGACAGAGACAGAGACAGAGGAAAGACACCAAUCUAAGGGUAGAUUCUGUCCUUCCAACUUCUCAUUUAAGUCCUAGACCUGGUGUGCCAAGGUCGGUACUUAAGACUGUUGCCAAGACCAAGGCUGGGAGCUUAGCGGAUCCUGGCCCGCUAUUCAGGAAAUGCUACGAGUAGAUAAGAGCCCAGCUCAGACUUCCUACAAGCUGGGAACAAAAGGUUCUUUCCUGUUGGAUGCCUGGCCAGACUCACAGAGAGGAGGAGAGAAAGGGGGUAUUUUACCUCGCGAGGCAAAGCAUGACUGUGCCACCUCCCUUCCCCAUGAAGGCAGUCCCUGGUACACCUCAGCAUGCUGGGAGCUGCCCACUGGUAGAAGCCAGAAUUGGGGCGCCUUCUUAGGGAGUGGGUAUGCUGUCUGGUGUACGGUUGAGAUAGAACCAAAAACCGGAAUUACCUUCCGGUAACUUUUGGUCUGGCUGAAGCUGAUGGGCUUUUUAAGGUAAGCAGCAGCUUCCUUGGUGGUGCCGGCAAUAAAUACAUGCUU